AUGGCGCCCGCACAGCCCGAGCUGAAGAAGGUACGGAAGCCACGAUUCCUGACGGACAUACCAGAGUCUCCGGACUUGUUCGAUUAUCUUGACAAGAGACUGUUUGUUCAGCUCAAUGGCAGCCGUAAGGUUAUCGGUGUCCUCCGCGGUUACGAUGUUUUCCUGAACAUUGUGCUGGACGAGGCGGUGGAGGAGAAGGAGGGCGGCGAGAAGGUCCGGAUAGGCAUGGUGGUCAUCCGCGGCAACUCCGUUGUCAUGCUGGAGGCUCUCGAGAGAAUCGGCGGCGACGAUCGCAACCACUAG